AUGCACGAACUGGUUGUCUCAUACAUGAUACAUGGUCCUUAUGCUAGCUUAAAUUCUGAUUGUCCUUGUAUGAAUAAUGCACAAAAGAAAUGUCAUUUUCGAUACCCUCGACAAUUCAAUGAAACCACAUUACAAGGAAAGGACGCAUAUCCUGUGUACCAAAGGAGGGAUAAUGAGGCAUCUUUCUUUCAAUUUCCCACUGCUCUUAGAAGGUUGCUUGCAUCGAUUUUGGUUUUUUGUGAGCUAGGAGACGUUCAUAAUUUAUGGAAUGACGACUAUAAUGUGCUUUCAGAAGAUUAUAGGCGACAAUACGGAAGUAUCAAGAGAGUCCAGAAUAUGGUCCUCACCGACAUCAUGGUAUUCCUACAACCUAUGGGUGAUGAUAUUAAUGAAUUUGAUAUUCCAAAGAUAGAUCAAAAUGUCGAUUUAGAAUUUGGAGUUUUUUAUGAGAAAUUUGCAUAUGAUGAGAUCAUGCGGCAUGUUGAUAAUGAUAUUCUAGGAGUGUUCUUCAUAGACGGUCCUGGAGGAACUGGAAAGACAUUUUUAUACAAAGCUUUACUUGUUAAUAUCCAUUCGUGUGGUCAUAUUGCACUCGCCACCGCUUCAGCGGGUGUUGUGGCUAAUAACAUGUCAGGGGGAGAACAGCUCACUCUCGCUUUAAAAUUCUCAUCAAUCUUGAAAAUAAUUCGGUCUGCAGGAUUUCAAGACAAAGUGGCACUGCUUAACUGCUUCGGACUGCAAAGUGAUGGAGUUGAAGAAACGGUGCACAAAAACUUUAUUCGCAUCCCUGAUGAUAUGGUGAUUCCCUUUAAUGAAAAAGAAAAUUCAUUGAAUUCUUUGAUUGAUGCAAUAUUUCCGUCCUUGGAAAUUAAUUGA